CCUGGAGCCCUGCGCCUGCUGCCCGCCUUCGUGGCCCCUUCUCGCCGCCCGAGAGGGGAAUAAAGGAGAGGAGACGCGCCCCGACUCGUGUGCGGGACCCCGAGGCUUAAACUCUGCGGCAGCCACCUGGCUCCGGGUGCACAGCGACGUGCCCAGCCGCCUUCCGACUGGAGUGAGCGUCCCCUCGGGGAUGCACCGGGAGGGUCUUGUCGCGGGUGAAGCCUCCAGGGGCUGUAGGACGGCAGCCUCGGGGGCCCUUUGACUCUGCGCCCAGAGAGUUCCAUCAGCGAGUGCCCACUCUCAAGACAGCCCCUACCGGGACCGGGCCACCCGGCUGAGGGAGGGGAUGGCUUAGGAGCCCCCGACCCCGCAGCCCGGCGUCGUCGGCUCCCAGACGUCGUGGCAGAGGGCAGAGGCCCGCGCGGAGAGCGCCGCGGAAGGGACACUCAGCGAAGAGGUCCCUGCCUCCGCCCCGCUGAGACCAGGGUCGCCCGGGCCCCUGCUUCCCGGGAAUCGCGCUGCGCCCUCUGAGACGCGCCGCCCGCGCCCAGGGUGGUGCCAUGUGGGGCGGACGCCGCUCGCCCGCCGCCUCCCCUCGGAACGCCGCUUCCCUCCUGCAGCUGCUGCUGGCCGCGCUGCUGGCGGCGGGGGCGCGGGCCAGCGGCGAGUACUGCCACGGCUGGCUGGACGCGCAGGGCGUCUGGCGCAUCGGCUUCCAGUGCCCCGAGCGCUUCGACGGCGGCGACGCCACCAUCUGCUGCGGCAGCUGCGCGUUGCGCUACUGCUGCUCCAGCGCCGAGGCGCGCCUGGACCAGGGCGGCUGCGACAACGACCGCCAGCAGGGCGCCGGCGAGCCUGGCCGAGCGGACAAAGACAGCCCCGACGGCUCGGCAGUCCCCAUCUACGUGCCGUUCCUCAUCGUUGGGUCCGUGUUUGUCGCCUUCAUCAUCUUGGGAUCCCUCGUGGCGGCCUGUUGCUGCAGAUGUCUCCGGCCUAAGCAGGAGCCCCAGCAGAGCCGGGCCCCGGGAGGGAACCGCCUGAUGGAGACCAUCCCCAUGAUCCCCAGCGCCAGCACCUCCCGAGGGUCGUCCUCCCGUCAGUCCAGCACAGCGGCCAGCUCCAGCUCCAGUGCCAACUCUGGGGCCCGGGCGCCCCCAACAAGGUCACAGACCAACUGUUGCUUGCCCGAGGGCACCAUGAACAACGUAUAUGUCAACAUGCCCACGAAUUUCUCUGUGCUGAACUGUCAGCAGGCCACCCAAAUUGUGCCCCAUCAAGGGCAGUACCUGCAUCCCCCAUAUGUGGGGUACACAGUGCAGCAUGACUCAGUGCCCAUGACGCCUGUGCCGCCUUUCAUGGACGGCCUGCAGACGGGCUACAGGCAAAUCCAGGCCCCCUUCCCCCACACUAACAGUGAACAGAAGAUGUACCCGGCUGUGACCGUGUAACACAAGGUGCCGGUGGGUUCCUUUACGAGACGGAGGAAGACAGGGAGGCCGUGGCCUUUGGAAGGAUUCUCAAGUGGAAGUCUUCACAUGUUGGUGGUGUUUAUGGCACGGUUCUUUUGGAUGGUUUUAUUUGCUCCCUAACUGUAUGAAAAUGUCUCUCUCUGAAUUAGCAUUUCUGGAUAUGUUUCAUCCCAGUGCAUGAUUGAUUUAUGAUGGAAAAAAGCAUCACCUGGAGAUGGCUGUGUUGUUGCUGACGGUUGUGUGACAAAUGCUUGAGCCCUUAAGUGCCCUUGAGGUAUGGCUGUCAAAAGAAUUUUGUAAACAGGUAGAUUAAGGGUUUUUAUUAUAUCGUUAUUAUUAUUAUUUCUUUUUUGUUGUUUACGGUACCGGAUCAGAAUACCUGUUCUCUCCUUUUUACCUGGGUAAGUUUUUUAAUAAGCAUUCAAGGUUUAGGGGAAGACAUAAAGAACACAAUUAUUAUAAAAGGAAAUCCAGCUUGAAGUCUGAGAUUAGUCAUUGAUCUCAGUGUUUCACAGGCGCAUCUUAGUUUCAUUGUAAAAAGAUAUAUAUAUUUUGUCUACUUUGUGAUUUUUUGAGUCUAUUUCGUGCUUUUUUACCCUGUGUAGAGGUCUUAUUACAAAGUGAUUUUCUACAUUAAAAAGAGGCUGGAGGAAAUUGUCUAGUUGCUUAAGCAAUGACAUUUCAGAACUCGGGGAUUAUUUCAUCUUGAAGUAGUGGGUGGUGUGAUAAUAAAACCAUUCAUCCCCUUCUUGGUGGGAUCAUCUAAUUUUCUGACUUCACAGUGACAUCUGAGAAGUAAUUACAUGUUUUUUAUAUUGAAAUCAUAAACUAUCACCUGCUUUCUCCAAGUUACUUUUAAUUUUACCGUGUGGUCCGGCUUGGCAUCUCGUCCCCUUUGGUCGUCAGAUCCCCAUUUUUGUGUAGUACCGAGUGCAGGUAAUUGUCAUAAAGGAAGAUCAGCAUUUCUGCCCAGAUCUGCUCAAACGUUUUCUUGUUUCCCCUACAAAACCUCAAAGAAAUCCUUUACAAAGAUACUUAGUAUAGCUUCUAAGCCAUAAUCUAAGAUUUAGGAUGAAAUUUAAACCACCAAUAUGAUUUACUUUGCAAAUCUCGUUAUCAAAAUGGCGUAUUUUUCAGGCACUAAGGACUGUUAAGUCAAGAGAAAAGCUUUUGAAAGAGAUAUUGCCUUUCUUCCCCCACAAAACUGGUUCUUGUUUUCCUCUCUUAGUUCUCAACAAGUGCUAUAUUCAUUACCAAUGUUCUGAAUUAGGAAAUUCAAGUGAAUUUAUUUGUAUAUUGUUUACUUAUAAGAAAUGAGGUUAUGUGCAAAUGGAUUUCCAACUUCUAGCAAAACCAAGAUUUGUAAUUAAACCAUUGUAAGAUAUGGUCUUUAACACAUUUAUAUCUUUAUCUAUAGUUUAUCAUCCAUCUGUCUAUCACCUGUCGAGCUACCCUAUUUAUCUCUCUCUCUGUCUCAUGGCUGAAUACUGUAAAAUCAUUGUUAGCAAUUGGUCUCAACAAAGAUACUCAAAUCAAAAUUUUUUAAUAACCAAAGGCAGGGGAAAAUGAUUUUACUUAUUAAUAAAUAUUUUAUGUAUAAAUUCC